UUGUCGGGUAAAGAUCGAUCGAUGCUUUUGAUCUGAUGUAUUCGGAUCGCGACUGAAGUGAUUUCUUAUAUUCGGUGAAGGUUUAAUUAAGUGAACGUUGUGGAAAACAUGACAUUAUGGCAGCCUUAACCUCUAAUGUUGCUAUGAUUCCUCAUCUACUUGCGUUCAGACCUCGUUUAGUAACUCCAACUGAGUCCAUGGACUCCAGCAGUGAUCACUUCGAACGCAAUUCACCCCAUAUUGAUCAAAACAGUUGCUCUAGUGAUGAUACGGUUUUGUCAGUGGGCAAUGAAAAUGAAAACCAGCCUAACACUGCUCCGCAAGUAGCACCAGCUGAGGAGCCUGAAUCCACAUUGAGUUUCAAAAACAUUGAAAAUCACUUGAACGCCUUAUCUCAAAUCACAAAUAGCACUCUGCGAAAUGAACACACUGACACUGUUCGAGUGUCUUCUAGUCCAGUAUCCUCUUCAGCGCAUCAUCGACUGAGUCCAUCAAACAGCAGCACAAAGUCGUUUGGAGGAGACUGUCCGUCGCCUCAAAACAACUAUCUGUUUAAAAGUGAAAUCGGGGGCUUUAAAAGUGAACAUUUAGGCUGUUUCGGGUUUCGGAGUGAACAGUUCAAUUUUAGGACAGGAGAGACCAGUUCGAGUUUGUGCUCGCCCAGAUCAGUGAGGAGCGAUGGCGGUGACAGUCCUGGAAGUCCUGGAUCGAGAUGUCAAGCAGCAAGCCCAUUCUAUCACAGCCAUUCGUCGCAAACGAACCCCUCAGUCAAUCCACCAAGCCCUCAAAACAGCGACCCAAAUAUCUCAAACGAGUCUGCAGCUUCCAUCAAUCAGGAAAGCCUGAAAUUCUCCAUAGAUAAUAUUCUAAAAGCUGAUUUCGGCAGGAGUAAAAUUCUAGACCCGAUUACCAUACGGAAAAGCAAACCUCCUUGUCGGAGAACGUCGGCGGAAAAGUUAAGUGGCUUAGCGGCUCUUCAUGUUGGAGAAAAGUUGUCGAGUUUUCCGGGCGAGUACAGACUGCAAGAAAAAGGGCGAACCCUGUCAACGUCCCCCGGUAUUUUAAAAAGCGACGGAUGCGGAACCGAUGGAGAAAAAGGUCCAGUCGAUCUCAGUCCAAAAGGAGAUGGAGUCUGUGACAGUAAGGGAGAGCGAGGAAAAGAUGGGCAGCCGAUUCUGUGGCCAGCAUGGGUUUACUGCACCAGGUACUCGGAUCGACCAAGUUCAGGAAGAAGUCCGAGAACUCGACGAAUCAAGAAACCUGGCACGAAAGCAGCAGUUCCGGAAGAGAAGCGACCUCGUACCGCUUUUUCUGGGGCGCAACUGGCGCGACUUAAGAACGAGUUUGCUGAGAACCGAUACCUGACGGAACGUAGACGACAGCAACUGAGCGCUGAAUUGGGCCUCAAUGAGGCUCAGAUUAAAAUCUGGUUCCAGAACAAACGAGCCAAAAUUAAGAAAGCUUCGGGCCAGAAAAAUCCGUUGGCUUUGCAAUUAAUGGCACAAGGACUGUACAAUCACAGUACCAUACCGUUGACGAAAGAAGAAGAGGAGUUGGAGAAAUUGCAGUCACAAGGGAAAAUUUCGUAGGGAGAGGUUUGAUCUAACUUUCGAGUUGUUUUGUGAUAUACAUAGACCUAAAUAUAGUAAGGACUUAAGCAACAUUGAUAGUUACUUUUACAUUAAUUAUUUGAUAAGGCUUCAAAAAGAGCUCGUAGUAUUCAAAACAAAAACUCAAAAAAUUAAAAGUUUUAAUGUGUUUGGGUACAAGUUCCAGCAAUUCAAAAAUAGACCACGAUAGGUUAGAUUUCCAUAGCGAUUAUCGAAUAAAAUUUCUAAUUAUGUAGCGCAUUUUCAGGACGAUAUAAAAUAUAUUUGCAUCGUAUUGCACCAUAAAAAAUAAAACUACAGACACUGUUCAGUUUGAUGUUCAGGAAAUGUUGAUGUAUCUCUAAACACAGUAAUCAGGUUUUACUCAUCAUAAAGAUUUUACUUUAAAUGAAUCGUAUUGAAGUUGCGCUAGAAUCGAUUCGAAGCAAACUGGCGAUUUCAAGUUCAGACAAAUAUAUUAUACUCUAAAUGCAAUAACGAAAUCGUCAUCACUUAUUAUUUGCUUGGCAAAGUUCCGGUCAGUUUUAAAUUAAAAAGUGAGAUUAAAAAGUAAGUAGGUCUGCGCCACACACAAAGCAAUUGUGUUUAAAUGAAGUUGGAUAUUCGCAUAAAUUUGUUUUUUGUGCAAGAUCGAUGCCCUGUCGAUUCUCUGAGAAUCGAAGAAUUAAGUAGUAAUGUUAAGGAAUAACAAAAAGUGGUUCUUUGUGUUUGGUACUCUACUAGUCUAAAAAUAUCCGACUCAAAUUUCUUAACGUGAUUUGUAGAAAAUGUUGUCAAAUGGAAUACUUUGCCUUCCGAGCAAAUUUUAGAGAACAAGAGCAAAAAUACAAAUACAAUUAAUUUUUGAUUAUAAAACAUUUCAUACUAACUGAACUAACUGGUAUAAAUGUGUGAAUUAGGCGUGGGUAACACUGUAUUGAGUUGCGCUAUUGAGUUGUUGGCGCUCUCUGAGCUAACGAGUUGUAACUCAUCGGUUAAUGAGUUAUUAAAGCUUUACGAGACCCGAGACGGGAAUGUUCACAUUUAAAAAAACGGUC